AUGAGAACCAUGUUCUCGUCCAUUCUUUUCAGCCUCUGGCUUCUUUGCCUCGGUGCAGUCGCUUCAGCCGACGAUUCGUGUGGCUGCUCUGUCAAAUACAUUGUUGUUGAAAUGCCCCCUCAAACAGUCUCUACUCAAAUCCAGACAACCACGUCUAUGUACACCAAGCCGACCAACCUGCGGUCUAAACCAUCUCAGACUACCAUCCAUGCACUUCCCGCAGCUUCUGCAGCUUCCGCAACUCAUCAGAACUCCACGGCUACCUUCCUCCCUCGCACUCCCGCAAAGAUCAACCGUGCCGAUCAUAAGAAUGCUGUGCCUAAGAAGAACGUAUCUAUGUCGUAUGGGAAUGUUGAGAAGCCUCUCAACCAAACCUUUCCGGCUUCGAACACUACCACCCAGAAGGGCGCUAUUGAUAUGGAUCUUGUUAUGAACCAUCCGGCUGUUGUCUUGGAUUACAUCGAAGCCAUUGUUUCUGUGCAUUGCACCGCUGAUUCCGUCACGGUUCACUUUGGCAAAUCUGUUGCUUUCGACACGGCGGCGAAGACUUGGCUAGGUGACCAAUCUUUUAUUCUUAUCACAAACAACAUGGGAAAUUGCAACCCCAAGGUAGGCCAGGCUUUCUAUCUUGUUGAUGGUGUUGCAACAAACAAGGAAGAAAGGUCCAUUACCUGCUACGCUUCGGGUCAAGACUUAGCUGAUAUAGCUGAGAGCUGUGAGAUGUCGUUCACUUCCAUCCCUGCCACUAAGCUGAAGAAGCGUCUGACCCUCAACCCGAGCCUUUCACUCAACUUUGGCGCUGGUCUCGAAAGAGACACAGUCCUUUUUAGUGAAGCGCCUUGGGUGACGAUCAAAGCUGAAGAUGCGGAGUUUUCUUCCACAAUCUCAUUUUCGGGCUAUGCCAAGUACAACUUCUGGCGGUUCAAGAUGGAAAAACUUUACUUUGAUCUCGACACGCAUUUCUCAGCGGAUAUCGCAUUAUCCGCCGAUGUGGCCGCGGCCUGGUCCAAGUCUAUCCUCUACGACCCUGACACUCUCACAUUCACCAUCGUUGAAGUCCCCGGGAUUCUUUCUCUUGGUCCCGGCAUCUCCUUCGCCAUUGGAGUUGACGUCGAUACUUCUGCUGCCGUUUCGGUCAGAGCCGGCGCUGGAAUCGCUAUCCCAUCUGCGAACGUUCAUCUCGACGCGCUCGACUCCAGCAAGAACAUAGCUACGGGAUGGACACCACAGUAUACCUCAAAUGCCAAUAUCAGCGAGAGCGUAGAGGUUAGAUUGAACGCCAGUGCAUCAUUGACUGUUCAGCUUACAUUCAAGCUUCUCGGCGGAUUGGUUGAUCUGAGUAGUGGGCUUGUAGCCACGCCUGAGUUCAUCAACAAGUUCACUCUUGACGCUGAACAGUCAGCCGUUGCGUCGCGCCUGGGUUCGGCAGUUCAUGUUAUCGGUACAUCAAAGGAAUGCGAUGUCUCUCUCAAGUCGGAUUUUGAAUUCAACCUGGAAGGUUUUGCGACAAAAUGGUGGAGAGCUAAUCUGUACUCUGCCAAGGUGCCCAUCACUGAUAUUUGCUAUGACUUCCAGCCGGUUUAG